AAUAUAUAUGUUUAUAACAGAUGCAAUGGUUGGUCACAUUUCUGGGUGUAGUACUGCUUGGUGUGGACAUCGGCCUCAUUGUCGGCGUUAUAUUCUCCAUAAUAUUAGUACUCUUAAGGUUUACGAUUAAUGAAAGCGAGAGAUUACAUGAGGAGAAGCCAAGUGUUCACACAAUUGUUUUGGACUUUUCGUCCAUAUUUUUCAUCGACAGCACCGGCGUUGAGACGGUUGUCGAGUGUAUCGAAGAAAUGGAUGAGUUUCACAUCAAAGUGAUUAUCUGCCAGUGCUCUCAGUCUGUGAUAGAAAUGCUGGACAAAUGCAAGUUCUUCGCCAAACUACUGUCCCCUCAUAUCUGUGCCACCGUUCACGACGCGGUCGUACAAAAUGACACAACUAUUGCCUGAUAUUAUCAUAUGUUUUAGAUUACAUUAUUUAAUUAACAUAUUUUUAAUUAUAGUAAUUAUUUUUUCAAUUGUAUUUAUAUUUGACAUCUCACUUUUAUAUACCAGAG